UAAUUUCUCUCCGACUCAGCAAAAUUACUUUUUAGCGCACGGGUUCUUCGACUCCAACAUAUAAAACUUUUAGGUGUGGCGAAGUGUCGUCAAAUCAUGGAAGAAUUUAGAGCAAAACUUGUUGCACGCGGUGCUUCUUCUAUAAAAGGAAUAGGAAGAGCAUUCCGUAUAUAUGAUGAUGAUGGUAACAAAAUGUUGUCGCUAGAAGAAUUUUGUAAAGGUGUUAAGGAUUUUGGUCUUGAUUUUAGCCAUGAAAAAUGUAUCAGUUUGUUUAAAGAGUUUGACAAAGAUGGCAGUGGAUAUAUAUCUUUUGAUGAGUUCUUACUUGGUUUAAGAGGAAAUUUAGUCAAUAAUCGUUUAAAGGUAGUUCAGGAAGCAUUUAAAAAAGCUGAUGUAACUGGUGAUGGUAUUUUAGAUGCGAAAGACUUAAAACGUGUUUAUAAAGUCACUGAACAUCCGAAAUAUAAAAAUGGCCAGUGGGAUGAAAAUCGUGUUUUUCAAGAGUUUCUUAAUUCAUUUGAACCUGAUGAAAAGCUAAGAGACGGCAAGGUUACUGAAGAAGAAUUCAUCAAUUAUUAUGCUGGCGUUAGCGCCAACAUUGAUAGUGAUGGAUAUUUUACUUUGAUGAUUAGAAAUGCCUGGAAAAUUUGAAACAUGCUGAUAUAGUUAUUUCAAAUGUUCAAUAAAAAUUUUAUGUUUUAUCUUUUAA